AUGAGGCUCUGGGGAGUACGAAUUCGGAACUGGUGGCUGCGUUGCGAGGGUUUCAGUGUUACCCGUGGAUAUGGAUAUCUUAGAUCGGAUGAGAUGAAGAUGAAGCAAUUAUUGCUUUUGAUGAGUGAGGCUGUCAAGGUUGGGUUUGAUGAGUUUGAUAUUGGGUUUCUGACUGAUUGUCUGUCUGGGUGGAAGACUUGUGGUGAAUAUUCAUGA